GGCGGAGCCGCCGAGCGCCGAGCGGCGGACGGGCAGAGGAGCCAGUGCGCGUGGCGGCCGGCCUCAGAGAGGUUGGAGCGUGGGCGGCGGGGGUGGACCACGGACCAUAGACAACACGCUGACCAGGACAGUGGUCCAUGGUGCUCGGACUGUUCGCGCUGGUGAGACGAGACGCGGCGUGAGGUGGUGUGACGUUACUACGACACUGCUGUGACGGUGUCACGCAGUUCAGAGAGUACCGACAUCUCCAGUGAUGUCUGCGAUGCCGGUUACCACGCUGGCGCCAGUGUUGACCCUGCUCCUGUUGGGACCCGUGCCUGUGACAGAGUCGUACAAUGUGGACGUUCAAAAUAAGGUCGUCUACCGUGGUCCGGACGACGCCAUGUUCGGUUUCAGCGUCAGCGGGUACACAGACCAGUACGGCAGCUGGGUGCUGGUGGGCGCGCCGCGCGCUCAGACGGAGCAGCCUGGUGUCGUGCGAGGCGGGGCCGUGUACCGGUGUGAGGCCGAAAUUUUCGGACGGGCCCUGUCGUCCUACACCAACUGCCUGCAGAUUCCGUUCGACAUCAACGGUAACAACGUGGCUGCUGGCCGCGCGAUUGACGAGAAGUCGGAGCAGUGGUUCGGAGCUUCAGUGACCUCGACCCCUGGCCGAGACAACACAGGAGUAGUAGUGGCCUGUGCCCCACGCUACGUGUGGUUCUCGAGUAACCAGCGGCGCCGGGAACCCGUAGGAACCUGCUACGUCGCCAAGAACGGCUUCACCGAUAUCCAGGAGUACGCGCCUUGUCGUACAGCGGACUGGGGCUACCAUCGCCAGGGAUCGUGUCAGUCGGGCUACGGCACUGCAAUCAGCAAGGACGGGGAUCGUUUGUUCGUCGGUGCCGUCGGCAGCUGGUACUGGCAAGGUCAGCUGUUCAGCCAGCACCUGUACUCGCGUCCGGAUCUCUCCGGAACCGGCGAGGGCCCCACCUCGCAGGAUGACAGCUACCUGGGCUACUCGGUGGCCGUCGGGGAGUUCAACGGGGACGAUCAGCAGGACGUGGUCACUGGCAUGCCGCGCGGCGCCAACCUCACCGGAAAGGUGGUUCUGUACGACAGCAAUCUACGGAACCUGUUUAACCUGACCGGCGAGCAGAUCGGCUCCUACUUCGGCUACUCAGUUUGUGUGGCCGACCUGAACGGGGACAAACUGGACGACAUCGUCAUCGGCGCGCCCUUCUACACCGACUACUCCAACACGGAGGGGAAGUACGAGACCGGCAGGGUCGUCAUCGCCUACCAGAGCAGCCAGCACCUGUUCAAGCGGUUCGACUUCCUGGACGGAACCAAGUCCAAGUCGCGGUUCGGCCUGGCGCUCACUUCCCUGGGCGACAUCGACUGGGACGGAUACCAAGACAUUGCUGUCGGGGCGCCGCACGAUGGAAUGAGUGACGAGGGAGCUGUCUACAUCUUCCACGGAACCAAGAGUGGCAUCAACAAGAAGCCGACACAGGUGAUCAAAGCCUCCGAGCUGGAGCCCAACCUGAAGUCGUUCGGGUUCUCGAUUCACGGCGGUCUGGAUAUGGACGGGAACCAGUACCCCGACCUGGUGAUCGGUGCGCACGACUCCAACGCGGCCGUCUACCUCAGGUCACGGCCGGUGGUACACGUAGAGUCGACCGUGGUGUACCUGUCGGGCUCCAACAAGCUGCUGGAUCUCAGCCCAGAGAACCUCAACUGUCCGCUGGAGGACAACCGGCGCGUCGCCUGCGUGCCGCUCCGGUUCUGUCUUACCUACGAUGGUGUUGGUGUGGAUAAGAGAGCAGAGUUCGAGGUGCAGUUUCGGCUGGACGCCCGGCGGCCCAAGUCUCCGCGGAUGUUCUUCGUCGACCGGGUGAACCAGGCGCGGAUGAACGUUACCACGCGCGCGAUUUACGGCGAGCAGUGGUGCUACGAGACCACCGUCUUUGUGGAGGGCACGGUGCGGGACAAGCUGACGCCACUGGUGACGGAGGUUCACUACAGUCUGGUGACGCGGGGGCCCGGUAAGGGCCCGAGCCCGCUGACGCCCGUGCUGAACCUGGAUACGCCACCUGUGACCAGCGACACGCUCUCCAUCAGAAAGAACUGCGGCGGGGAUGGUGUGUGUGUGCCAGACCUGCAGAUCACCGCCAGACCCAACCACGCCAUGUACCUGCUGGGUUCCCACGAGCGGCUGACGCUCGACGUCAAUGUGUUCAACGCGCACGAGGACGCCUUCGAGUCACUGUUCUACUUGGACCUACCCAGUGGAGUUGAUUACGUAGUAACGGAAAAGGCCGAAGACUCUACAAACCUGCCCCUACUCUGCACCACAAAGAACCUGGAACACGAAGUUUUGGUUUGCGAUAUGGGUAACCCGCUGCCGGCCAAUUCUAUGGUUCAUUUUCUGGUGCACCUGAUGCCCCAGAGCACGUCUGAGGAGGGCCAGCAGCACUACCAGUUCACGCUCUCCGUGAACAGCACGAACGCAGAGGAUACCACCACGGUCGGCGAUAACGAACUGUCCAUCUCACUGCCCAUCCGGAUACACACAGAACUCGUCGUCUCCGGUAUCUCACUACCGGAGACGGUCCACUACAACGAGGGCGAGUUCCAGUCGGACGAGAAGACUCACGAGCGGCACAUUGGGCCUGCCGUGUACCACGUGUACGAGCUGAGCAACGACGGCCCGUCAGACAUCGUGGCCGCCGAGGCGUACAUCAUCUGGCCGACUUACACCUAUCCGGAUGAUAAGCACCUGUUGUACCUUCUGGAGCAGCCUCAGGUGGAGGGACCCGGCACCUGUUCGCCCGUCACCGGCAUAAACCCGCUACAACUCGAGAUCGAGCCGAGCGAGAGUCUACUCAGCGGCGAAUUCGGAGUCGAGGGCGCGAUGGUGGCGCCACCUCUGCGGCGCCCAAAGCGUAGUUCCGAAGCUGACUUCCAGGCAGCGCUGGGGUGCGGUCCGACCGUCUGCACCCAGAUAUUCUGCGAGAUCGGCCCGCUGGCUGACAAACAGAAUGUUAUCAUCCGAGUCAGAACGAGAGUCUGGGUGGACACCAUCAAAGACGAGAUGAAGGACCGCGAGGCCCGUGAGUUCACCGUCUCCUCCAAGAUGGUGGCCCGAGUGACGGCACUGCCCUACAAAGUCGACCCGUCCUACAUGAACCACACCGUCCACGCGGUGACGACCCGUGUGGAGACGGAUGACGACAGGUCGGCCCCGGUACCCUGGUGGGUGAUCGUGCUCGCCUCCUGCGGCGGAGUGCUCAUCCUGCUCAUACUGGUCCUCAUCCUCUACAAGCUCGGUUUCUUCAAGCGGCGGAGACGGCCCGGCACUGCCGCGCCGGCCACCAACGGGGGCGGCAAGGACAAGAACGGUGGAGGAAACGGUUACUCACCCGCCGCGCAUCGAAGUCCCGCCGGUAGCGCCACCAACGGCAGCUCAACGUACUACGGCUUCCAGAACGGCGACGAGGCGUUAUGACUAGUUCGUCCGACCGCCACCGGCGGCGCCACCGUCACUCCUGAGCCGGGUAUCAUCUCUGCUUGGUAACGCAGAAGUCUACCAGAGUUUCGUCUGUUGGUGACGAAAAGAAGCUCUUUCCUGGUGCGAAAUAAUACGAAACCAGACGUGGGACCAGCUCUACGGCUAAUGGCAAGCACCCUGCGGCAAGGAGCUAUCAGAGCGGACUCGAACUCAACGCUCCCUCGAAUGGAGUCUCGAGCCAGGCCUCCCAGGUGAAUAGACUCGAGUGACUCUCCCCGGAGCGUCGAGCUGCUGGUCUCGUGAGACCACACACUGCUCUGGUCCUCACCUGCGUCCAGUCACAGAGUGCAAAGGACCACCCGCUCCUCCUCGGCGGGGAAAUCACGGGAUCGUGAACGUCUGCCAUUGAGCCCGCGCACAGUGUCGGCCAAAGACUAAGUUGGCACCGAGUGAGACAGUUUGGGCCUGCAGCAUCUCGUGAAUGAGCGGUGACGCAGUGUGCUGAGUGGUUGAGUGGCCAGAAACGUCUAGUCAAACCGCGUUAUACUGGUGCUUGCUGAGGCGAACGUCGAUGGACGGUGUUGGUGUCAACAGUUGUUGAUGGAUGUUGAUGGCAGCCAUCAACAGUUGUUGAUGGCUGGUGAAUCGAAAUGUGAGUGACUUCUUGGAGUCACAUUUUCAGAUCUGAUGAAUGGAAUCUGCUUUCAUCUUUUUUUCAGGUCAUACCUGUAAGCACCGAACAUGAUCUGCGAAGUUGAUCUGGUUAGUGUCUUUAUUCGACGAGCCUGUGGUGUAAUCACGCCUCGUGUUUUUAUUUAACACUGUUUAUAUACGUAUUUCAUUUGAAAUUUUUUUCAGCCUUGGCGAACGGAUAAUCGCCGUCUGAGAUCUGCCAAUCAUGAAAACUUCAAUUGUCUCAUAUUGUUCCACUGGCUCCACCAGGCGUAUAUUAGGUUCCUGAUUUUACUUACCAUUAAUGGAUGUAAGUGAUCUGUAAGUGUGUGUCGGAAGCUGUUGAAGUCAGAGGCAACUAACCGUCGUACACCCAUGUUUAACACGCUUUGUGGAUGCCAUAUAAAUUAAAAUUAAUUUAAGGCAACAUAAGUUUCAAGUCGAGCUUCAUACAACCCUUGCGACUUUUCAUAGAGCUUUCAGACGACUUGAAAUGACUGUUAGGACGCAGUACUUAAACUUUGGUGUCGCAAUGUGACACGAAACAUAUAUCACAUUAAACAAACUGUGCAUUUUGUCCGUUUUUCAUUGAUUCUUCGUUGUAUGUACUAUGCAGUGAAUGAAUGUUCAUGAGCUUAAGCGAAGCACUCUCAUUAAUAAGACUGAACACAUCGUCAUGUUCAAGAUUCUUGAGCUGCACGAGAUGCAGCUUUGGCACAAUAGCCGAUUUAGAUGACGGAAGUGGAUCACGUUAGGCGUCUGCUGAGCGCGUAGGAAGCGAAGUGUGUUCGCUGGCAGUUGUGUCGACAGAAGCAGUGAAGCCAGUAGGAGGUAUGGUGUGGUGUUUUGCCGAGCACGCUGUGUAGUGCAGGCCGUGAGGUGCACGGGACGCAGAGAGUUGCUUCUGCCACCAUGUUUGUUGCGUUGAGAUGUCGUGGAAAGUGCCAUUUUUAUAUUAUGAUGCGAACUUGUUUCCGUAAUACAACCUUAACUUUC